AUGGCAAGCUUCCCGUGGCAACACUUUAUUAAUCAAGUGUUGGCCACCCAAGGGAACAACAGUAACAACAACAACACAGAUCCUGAGGACCACCUUCAGAUCUUCACUGGUGCUGCUAGGAUUGAGAAAUGGUCAAAUGCUGAAUGUCGUCUCAUGUUCAUGCAAACUCUUGUUGGAUCAGCCAGAAUCUGGUUCAAUGAUUUACCUGCCCGAAGCGUUCGAAGCUUCGAUGACCUUAGCAAGGGGUUCCUGGCCAAUUUCUCCCAGCAGAGGCGAUACGUUAAAGAUGCUACAGUAAUCUUCCAGAUAAAACAAAGAGAUGACGAAAGCCUUCGAGAGUUCAUAGAAAGGUACAAGAAGGAAGGUCUCACAUAUAUGGGGGCAGACGAAAAGAUGAGAGUGGCCGGUUUCAUGAAUGCUAUUAUCUCCAAGUACCUUACUAGGGAUUUCAACAAGUCCCUGCCAAAAACCUUGGAAGAAGCUCUCGAAAGGGCCGAGGCCCACAUCAGUGGAGAGGAGGCUGUAGACAUAAAGGAACAAAGAAAAAGGGGAUCUAGUUGGCGAGGUAACAGUCCGGCUAGGAAAAAGGGGAACUUCCAUUCCUAUGACAGACGCCAAAGGGGUUCAGAACAACGAAGGUCUGAAGGCCGAAACCCUCCAAGCAUGGAGAAGGCCAUGAACUUCACACCCCUCACCAAGACCCCUCAAGAGAUUCUUGCCACGGAGGAAGUAAAGCAAAGCUUUCGACCUCCCAGGCCUCUCCCUAAAAGCAAAAGGAAUGAAAAUUCCACCCAAUUUUGUGAAUUUCAUGAAGAGAAGGGCCACCAUACUAAUGAUUGCUUCCAACUUAAAAAGAGGAUCGAAGAGGCCGUCAAGUCCGCGAGCUUGCUCACUUAG